UCAUUUGCCCUCUUAUUUCUUUUUAACCGCUGCUGAAAAUAAUGUAACAAAUGGCAUUAGUUGUCGAGUAGUUCUGGAAUCUCAUCUCUUCCGUUUGUAUUUCAAACAACUAUGGCCGAAUUAUUUCUCUUCAGCAUAGCAGAGUCACUCAUAGCAAAGCUUGCUUCUCAUGCUUUUCAAGAAGCUUAUCGAGUGGUGGGUUUAUACCACGAUCUUCGAAACCUUAGAAAGACUCUCUCUUUAGUCAAGGCUGUUCUGUUAGAUGCUCAGCAAAAGCAAGAUCACAACCAUCAACUCCGCGAAUGGCUCACUCACCUUAAAACUGUCUUCUCCGAAGCCGAAGAUGUUUUGGAUGAACUUGAGUGUCAAACACUGCAAAACAAAGUGGUCAAAGCUCAUGGUAACACCAAAGACAAGGUAAGUCACUUCUUCUCCACUUCUAAUCCACUUCUUUUUCGCUACAAGAUGACACAACAAAUUAAAUAUAUCAACAAAAGACUAGACAAGGUUGCAGCGCAUAGGCAUAAGUUUAGUCUUCAAAUAAUUGAUGUUGACACACGUGUUGUUUAUCGGAGAGAUAUGACACACUCUCGUAUCAACAUUAAGAGACUCCCGAACUCUAUUUGCAAGCUCCAAAGUUUGCAAGUGUUGUUAAUUAAGGGAUGCAUGGAGCUGGAAGUAUUGCCCAAAGGAUUAAGACAAUUAAUCAAUAUCCGUCAUUUGGAGUUUAGCACAAAGCAAACUAUUUUGCCUGUGAAUGAGAUCGCCCAAUUGGGGUCGCUUGGAUACUUGUACAUUGAAUCAUGCCAUAAUGUGAAGUCCAUCUUUGGAGGUGUGAAAUUCCCUUCUCUUAAAACAUUGCGCAUUCUGAACUGUCAGAGUUUAAAGUCAAUGUCGCUGGAUGGUAAAAAUUUUCCUGAAUUAGAAACAUUGGUUGUUACGGACUGCGGUAAUUUGGACUUGGAACUGUGGAAGGGCGAUCAUGAAAAAGAAAGCCCGAAGCUGAAGUUAAAAUUUAUUGGAUUUAACAGUUUAUCACAGCUGGUGGCCCUGCCUAAAUGGCUUCAGGAAGCUGCCAAAUCCUUGCAGUGCUUGUAUGUUUUAAAUUGUGACAAUAUCGAAACACUUCCAGAUUGGUUAACUACUCUGACUGAUCUCAAAGCACUUGGUUUAAUAAAUUGUCCAAAUCUUUUAUCUCUGGCAGAUAACAUUCAUCACCACACUGCACUUGAAAGUUUGAGGAUUGAAGGUUGUGCUAACUUAUAUACAAAAUAUGAACCCAAUGUUGGAGAGUUUUGGUCCAAAAUAUCACACAUAAAAAACAUUGUGAUUGAUGAACCAGAAGAACCUAAGAAGAAUCAGAGGAAGAGGCCGACAUAGUCGGAAGCCCCUUAUUUUCUCUAUUUAUUAUUUUCUGGAUGUGUUUUUCAUAAU